UCUCACCACCAAAAAGAAAUUAGUGGUAGACCGCAGUUACCUGUCAAAUUUUCCUCCACGCCCUCCUUCCUCUAGCACCAUCUCUCUCUUUCUCUCUCUCUCUCUCUCAUCACGUGCGUGCGGUGGGGGGCGGGUGCGUGCAGCGGCAGGAGGGUGCGAGGCGGCUGUCUGUGGCGGCUGUCCAUGGCUCAGGUAGAGGAGAAGAGAGAAGAGAACCAUGUCCUUUUGGUUGCCUUCUCCUCUCAAGGCCAUAUCAACCCGAUGUUAAGGCUUGCCAAGCGUCUCGCUGCCAAAGGCGUCCAUGUCACCCUUGCCACCACCGAGAUCGUCCGCCACCGCAUUCUUAAGGCUGGUGCCGGUGCCACCGACCUUGUCACCGGUAUCGAGCUCCUGUUCUUCUCCGACGGCCUAAGCCUUGACUACGACCGGAAGACCAACCUCGACGUCUACAUGGACAGCCUAGGUAAACAUGGGCCUGGCAAUCUCUCGACUCUAAUCAAAGAACGCUACACGAGUCCAAAGAAGCUCUUAUGCCUAGUCACGAACCCUUUCGUGCCAUGGGUCUCCGAUGUAGCUGCCGAGUACGAUGUCCCUUGUGCCAUGUUGUGGAUUCAACCGUGCGCGUUGUACGCGAUAUACUAUCGCUUCUUCAAUAAGCUCAGCGCCUUCCCGACUCUGACAGAUCCUAAUAUAGUUGUGGAACUACCGGGUUUACCUUCAAUGGAGACGGAGGAUUUGCCGUCCUUUGUGCUUCCCAACAACCCAUUUGGUAGCUUCCCCAAAUUAUUCUCUGAACUAUUCCAAGGCAUGGAGAAAUUUAAAUGGGUUUUAGGGAAUUCUUUCUAUGAGCUUGAGAAACAUGUUGUAGACUCCAUGUGCGAGCUUUAUCCAAUACGGCCGAUCGGUCCACUAGUCCCUCCAACGUUGCUAGGCCAAGAUCAAGAACUUGAGGAUGCAAGUGUAGAUAUGUGGAAAUCAGAUGAGACUUGCAUUGAAUGGUUGACCCAGCAACCUCCUUGCUCAGUCAUCUAUGUGUCCUUUGGGAGCAUCGUUGUGUUACCAGCCAAGCAAAUGGAAGCGAUAGCCAGGGCUCUAAAGAACGCUAAGCGCCCAUUUCUUUGGGUGGUGAAGCCGCCUGAGUUCCCGACGCCCGAUGGUGCGGGGCAACUUCCGUUAGGGUUUGUUGAAGAAACAAAAGACCAAGGUCAAGUCGUGCGUUGGUCUCCUCAAACUAGGGUUUUGUCGCACCCGGCUGUGGCAUGUUUCAUCACUCACUGUGGAUGGAACUCCAUGCUCGAGACUAUUUGCUCCGGCAUCCCUCUCAUAGCCUACCCACAGUGGACUGACCAGCCGACCAACGCAAAGCUCAUAGUCGAUGUCUUUAAGAUUGGCGUGAGGAUCAAAAAAGGAGUUGAUGGAAACAUAAGCAGUGAAGUGAUUGAGAAAUGCAUUGAAGAGGUCAUGGUUGGGCCAAUGGCUGAGCAAUUGAGAAAAAAUGCAACGGCACUAAAGGGCGAGGCUCAGAAGGCGGUGGCAGCAGGUGGAUCAUCCGAUGAGAAUAUCCGGCUCUUCGUGGAGGAAAUUACCAGCGAUUCUCGCAAGAAAGAUGACUCACCAAACGUGGUAAAUUGGAGCCAGGAAGGUCAUGGUAAGGUUAGUGAUAAAGGUGUGUAGGGAGAAACGUGUUUGAGUUGGCUGGCAAGAGAUUCAUGGGUUGUCUUGUUCACAUAAAAGUGAUAAUAUUAUUGUCCUCGAAGACAAGUAUGAUAUGAAAGUUGUGGUGUUCCUGCGGUUGGAGAAAUAAAGAGGACAAUUCCAAUAA